AUGCCUAGCUUGCUCACGAGAUCAAAGUCGCUCCGGCUUCUGAAGGGAAAUCGGAGGGGCGCCCAGCAAGAAGAGUCUCAAUUCCAAAGCUCUGUUCCAUCACCGAACAUUCCCCAGACAGACUUUGACAGGUUCAAAGCAGCUACACCUGUCCCUAGGGCUGAACGAACGCUUGAAGCACCCGAGAUGGUAGCCCGGCCGAGUACGUCAAGUGGACCGGGGGAACGCGCAAUACAGUUCCACAAAAAGACAGUGCCUGCUCCAUCAGUAUAUUCAGAGGACCGGUUCCUCGCUUUCUCUUCACCGACGAAUUCUUCCGCCGUACUACACGCUGUCGAGAGUCCUGUGGACGUCAUUGGCAUUGCGCUGGGCAGCCCAACUGUUGGCUCGCAUUGGACCUCGACGCCUCAGGCUACCACGGAGAACCUCAUUGCCGACGCUCAGAUGUCGUUGCAAGGCCAUGCGAAUGCAUCGACAACUACCAUCACGGGAGCCCAGACACAACCCAAGCCCAAGAUCAGCCGGUGGAAGUCACUGUUCAAGAAGACCGCGCCGCCACCGAAGGAGAAGUCUUCCUUCUACCAGCUGGCACAACAAGUUACACCAGCACGUGCCGAUAGUCACCAUGAUACAUCGCCAAAGUCGAAGACCAGGCCAAAGCUGAAGACGGACGGGGGCGUUACAUUGCCGGUCUCGGUGUACAAUCCUGAUAUCAGGGCCUCCCGUAACAAGUCUCAAGAAAAUGUGUCCUCGAGGGAGGUCCAGCAUGGAAGAAAACGUUCAGCAACUCUCGACGCUGGACGUUCAGCACCUCGAUCUUACAGGUUCCAACGGUCCGCUACUACCCCAAACCCGCCGCCGGCUACCUCUGGAAACUCAAAGAUGAAUUUCUUGGAAGGUCCACCAACUCAGUCACCACAGACCUCAGCUGGGGCUGGACUACUCGGUGUUGACAUACCUGAUACCAAGCUGGACAGGUACAGCGUCAUGUUCAGUGGCGUGCUAGAGCCUAAAACGGACCGAGCUUCGUUGUAUCAGCGGCGGCAGUCAAGGAUAGAUGCUGAUAACGUCAAACCACUAGACAAAAUAUCGAUCAAGAAGGAGAAUAAAGAGGUCUUGGAGCCACCCAAGCUGCCACGAGCCGCGUCGCCUACCACCUCGAACCCUCCGUCAGCACGGUUAUCGUUGUUUCCCUCGACCGGACGCUCUACACCUACUUUGCGCGCAGGUACGCCAACACUACGAGCGGGCACACCGGUUCUACGAGCUCCAUCACCACUUGUCUCGAAUUCGCCUCGCGCUAGAUCGAAGACUGCACCUGCGAGAUCUCCCACACAACAAACAUUCAAGGCGACAGAAGAGACUAAGCGCAAGCCGCCAUCAACCAGCGUUACCCGCCAGUAUAGCGAAUCUCCCAACUUCAAGCCUCAACAAGCGCCACCCACACCUUCUUCGAUCAACAGCUUCGAUAUCUCCGACAACGAGUCGGUCACAAUUGUGGUAGCCCGCACAACACCAGCCGAGACGCAAGCAUGGAAAGCGCAUGUUGAAUCGCAAGAACCUCACUGGGAAAUUCUCCCGAAACCCAGAUCCGCAUCCGCAUCCGCACCUGCAAACACCUCUACCACCUCGCUCGGACAUUCCGUCUCUCGCAAACAGCCCCGCGUAACCGCCGCCUCAGCGCUCUCUUCGCAUCCUUCUUCUGCACCUCUCGAGGUGUCAUCACCACUUCAAAAUCUCCAGACGCUCCUCUCGCCGCCACUUUCUGCCGAACCCUUCAAGCAACCCACAGCUGAAAAGCCAACGGCGACAGUGGGCAUUGCGAGAAGUGUGAGUGUUAGCAAGGCAACGAGACCGAGGACCUUGAACAGGACGCCGACAGACCUGGGCAGGCAUCUGCAGACGAGUUCAGAGAGGAACCUUGGAGACGGAAUGGCUCUUACGCCAACACUGGUCGAGAUUGGUAAUCGUAAGAGCCAACGAGUGCAGCUGGUGGAUGCUUGA